UCAACUUCUUGGUUUGUACGUCUUUCUUUCAUCUUUAUCUCCUUCUACGUUUUGGUAAAGAAACUUUGAGUUGCAUGCAUGUUUCGUUUUUCUUUUCUAUUAAGUUGAACAGAUGAUAUUCUAGGUAGCAUGGACUAUAGUUUAUGUUCAUACACUCAGUUGCAUGAAUUUAAUUGUGUUUGGUUUUUUGGCUUGAGUUUUUUUUUUUUUUUUUAAGUUGAGCAGAUGAUAUUCUAAGUAGCAUGGCUAUUUAAUAGUUUAUCUUCAUACACUCAGUUGCAUAAAUUUAAUUGUGUUUGGUUUUUUGGCUUGAGUUUUUUUUUUUCUUCUUUUUUUAAGUUGAGCAGAUAAUAUUCUAAGUAGCAUGGCUAUUUAAUAGUUUAUGUUCAUCUACUCGAUUGCUCAAAUUUAAUUGUACUUGUUUUUUUGGCUUAAGUUUUUUCUUCUUCUUUUAAGUUGAGCAGAUGAUAUUCUAAGUAGCAUUGGCUAUUUAAUAGUUUAUGUUCAUACACUCAGUUGCAUGAAUUUAAUUGUGUCUGGCUUUUUGGCUUGAGUUUUUUUUUUUAUUUCUUUAAGUAAUAAAACCAAAGUCCAAAUAUUAUUUUUGCUUUCAUUGAUUUAUUAAAAAAAUAAAGUGUACAUAUCAUUGUUUAGAAUUUGCAUGUUGUUAAUAGCUUAAUAUAUUUACAUGGCAUAAUUUGUGAUGAAUUAGCAGUAAGAAUUAUCUGUAUUAUUUUUAUGAGUAAUUAUUGAUAAAUUUAAUUAGGUGUUUUCGCGGUGCUUUUGGAAGGGAAUAAUGGCUGUAGCUUCUGAUCAAGCCACAAGUAUCUGCAGUAACUGUGACAGAGCGAUUCUUACUUCCAAUCUCGAUUUGCAUGUUGCUCACUGCUCCCGGAAGCUUGAAAAAUGUAAAAUCUGUGGGGAUAUGGUUCCAAAAAGACAUGCAGAAGAACAUUUCUUGAGAACUCAUGUGCCGGUGGCCUGUUCUUUGUGUGGGGAGAAAAUGGAUCGUGAGUUAUUAGCUGUUCACAAAGGUGAAAAUUGCCCACAGAGGAUUGUGGCAUGCGAGUAUUGCGAGUUUCCUUUGCCUGCAAUUGAUUUAUCUGAGCAUCAGGAAGUAUGUGGGAAUAGAACCGAACUCUGCCAUCUUUGUAGCAGAUAUAUUAGGCUCCGUGAAAGAGAUGGCCAUGAGAAUAGAUGUAAUGGAGGCACAAACAAAAUUGCAGAAUCUGUUCCAAAAAGACAUGCAGAAGAUCAGUUCUUGAGCACUCAUGCUCAGGUAGCCUGUUCUUUGUGUAGCAAGACAGUGGAGCGUGAGGUAUUAGCAGUUCACAAACGCAAAAAUUGCCCACAAAGGAUUGUGACAUGCGAGUAUUGCAAGUUUCUUUUGCCUGCAAUUAAUUUACUUAAGCAUCAGGAAGUAUGCGGGAAUAGAACAGAACGCUGCCAUCUGUGUAGCAGAUAUAUUAGGCUCCGUGACAGAAAUGCCCAUGAGAAUAGAUGCAAUGGAGGCACAAAUAACCUUGCAGAAUCUUCCAGGAACAGUAGUCCAGCUGAGAGAGAUCGCGGUGCUCCUAGAAGGAAGCCACAUGAAGUUCCCAAGCCUUGGCUUCUAUUUACAAUUGCAAUAACGGGUGUUGCUGUUUUGUUUGGCUCACUUAUUUUCCAGAGGAAAGAAGAUAGUUGAGUGUGCAAGCAGCUUUACUGUAAUCCAUCAACUGGUACUUUAUCAACUUGAAUUUCUUACUAUCAGAGAAGUCGUGCUAGAACUCAUAAUGUCCCUACAAGCAGUGGUGGAAAUUUACACUGCAUAGAUACAUAAAAGAUUUUUUUUUUUUUUAUAUAUAUGUUGACUCUCCUUGUCUUUUUGAUGUGUUUACUUCUUUAUAUUUUGAUACCUCUCGGUUAAAAUCCUGGCUCCGCCAGUGCCUACAAGCAAUUAACAUGUAAAAUCAAAGACAAAUUCCACUAAUACAUGAACAGAUACUGUUGUAAGUAAUCAGUUUGUAUCUCUAGUUGAUCAAAAUAAUGUAAUUGCCUUCUUGAAAAUUUUCCCAUCCAUGAUGCAAAGAAGAGCAAGUUUUGUAGAUGCUAUAGGAUGCAAUGAGUUAUUUGGAGUCACAACUGC